UAGUUGUUAGAACAGCUCCGAGUGCGUCUUUCCGGUUGUGACCGGGGUCCACUUCCUGCAGGAGAAGGGGAUAGAUACAGUGUAUGUUUACAACCAUUUACAAUGUCGGCAAGAGGAGGAAAGAAACGCCAAAAGUCAAUGUCACGGUCUGCAAAGGCUGGGGUAUUGUUUCCAGUUGGACGAAUGCAUCGUUACUUGCGCAUGGGCACACAUCAUCAAAGGAUUGGUGCAGGCGCACCAGUUUACAUGGCAGCAGUGAUCGAAUAUCUCACUGCACCACCAAAUGUUCAGAAGGCAGCAACUAUAGUCAAAAAGUCACCAGUUAAAAAGAAUGUAAUCAAAAAGCCUGCCAUUGUUUUGAAAAAGCCUGGAGGCAAAUCCAAAGGAGGAAAGGCUGAUGGUAUGAUAAAUUCUGUGUCAUCUGGCGCUAAGGAUUCUGGCACUGGACUCACGGUGUUAUCAGAAAAAAAACUUUUUCUAGGUCAAAAGCUCACAGUUAUUCAGGGGGAUAUAGUCAGUGUCACUGCAGAUGCAAUAGUUCAUCCAACCAAUGCCACAUUCUAUAUGGGGGGAGAAGUAGGUCAGUCUUUGGAGAAAACAGGUGGAAAAGAAUUCCAACAAGAAGUCCAAGAUUUGCUGAAAAACCAAGGGCAGCUAGAUACUGCUGGAGCUGCUCUUUGCCCAGGACACAAUUUCCCAGCCAAGUUUGUAGUCCAUGUAAACAGUCCAGCAUGGGGUCAACAAAAUGCUCAGCAAUUGUUAGAAAAGGCCAUCAAGAAUAUUCUAACAUUGGCAGACGAAAAACAUAUUAAAACAAUUGCCAUUCCCUCCAUAAGUAGUGGAAAUGGAGGGUUCCCAAAGCAGACAGCUGCUCAGAUCAUUCUCAAGGCCAUCAACAACUAUUUUGUCACAGUCAUGUCCAGCUCACUCAAACAGAUUUACUUUGUCCUCUACGACAUGGAGAGCAUAGGGGUGUACACCAGUGAAUUAGCCAAACUAGACUCCUAAGCAAAAAAACCAAAUGCACACUGUCUCUAUCAUUAUCUUCCUCAUCCAUUGUUGGGGCCUGAUUAAGAAAGAAAUCAUGCCAGGUUAAGAUAGAAAUCAUUUAUCUGGAUGGAAGAGGAUCUGGAUCAGCCCAGAGAGAAGUGUUUGGUAUGUUGUAGGAUAUAGCUUUGUAGAUGUUGCAUGAAGAGAAAAUAUGGAAGUAAUUUUGCCAAUCACUGGAAGAGAAGUUAAAAAGUGAACAGAGUUUUAGCUUCAAGGGGAUGAAUAAUGUUCAAUUUGUCAUUGUUGACUUUUGUUAAGACUGAAGUUACAGAAAGUAGUUUCAUAAAGUAUUUUUAUUUAUUAUGUUAAUAGAACAUAAAAUGUUGAAUAAAAUUCAAAUGAAUUUUUUAUAAUUGCCAUAGUAACCAAUAUGUCUGGUAAGUGGGAGUUUAUUUCCAACAUUACUUUGGGAACAAAGUAAAACUACAUUGUCUCAGCAAAAAGAAAAUAUUAAUGAUUUUUGUUUAAAAUUUUGCUUCACAUUUUUGUUUAUGAUGGAGGCAAGGGAAAAUGACUUUAUUUAAUUUAAAAAGAGCACAUUUUCCUUUAAAUGGUACUUUAUUUAUAAUUAAGUGGGCAUAUUCAGAAGUAUGGGUGCAAAGGGAAGUUUUUGAACGACUCCAGAAAAAAGAAACUUGUACAGUGUGACGUGUUAACAAGUAGGAAAAUAUUAGUUCUGACGAAAGACUUCUUAAAGGCUGUCAUUUACAAAAACCAGGAUUGAUGUGAUGUUGUCAUCCAUUGCCUAGAGGGUAAAUGCAAGCCACUUUGAGAAAGUACGAAAACUGAUGUACCCUUGUUUUUUUGGGAAUCUGUGUUCUCCUUAUAGUGUUUAUUGUUUGAAAGGGUUUCAACACAUGAAAAAUAUGAGGGUUUUGUGAACUUAUUUGGGUAACUUUAUAUAUUUUUGUUGUUUAAAAAGGUAUGCUUUGUCAAAAUAUAAGUGCUUUUCAUAAUAAUACUAUAUUAGAUUUGGAUAUAUUUGUAGGCAAUGUUUAAUUAUUGUUUAUUUAAUUAACAAACUGAAGACUGACGAGUUUUAAAUAACCCACCUAUGGAAUGGAUAGUUGGUAUAUAAAAAUACUCUUAAAAUUUUAUAAAUAAUUUUUUUUUCUGUCAGAUACGAAGUUAUCAGUGUAACAGAUUUUUUAAGUUGCAGUCUCGUUGAAAGGUCAUUUUCUUUUUCGGUUUUAUUGCAUAUUAUUUAUUCACAAAAUUUAUAAACUAUGUAACACUUCUUUUUUUCCUGUUAUAACUGUGCUCUGAAUUCCCAGUGAUUUCAUCCAUGUUCACUAUGUCAUAACAUCAAAGUUAUGUAAGCAUUCAGAAGGUCAGUACAACAGAAAAAAGCACAUGGAUAAAGGAUGAUGGAAUGAAAAUAUAUUACCCCCCGAUAUGUUUGAGAAUAGAAAGGGUAGAAAUUAUAUAAUAUUGGUGAUUAUAUUAUGAAUAGAUUUGUAUUUACUGUGCAAUAUAAAUAUAACUGCUUGUUGGAAAGGUUGCUUGUAAUUUUACAUUCAAAUGGAUUUGAUGGUAUUUUAAUUUGAGAAAUAAAUGUACAUGCCACAA